UAAAAACUGUUCCGCCACCUUUUGGCAUAAAUAAAAAGUAUUAUUCAUACGCCAUGUUUCUAAAUUGUAACUGACUUUGCGAAAUUAUUUGUUGUAUUUAAGUAGUAGCAUUUGUAAGAUAUUUCAAUGCAAUAAACUUAUGCAUUGAAAAGGUAAGAAACUACCGGCAAAUCUUAGACUUUACAGAAAAACGAAAUUGUAGACAAGACCAUCAAUCAAAGAAACAAGGAUAUCAGUGUGGAUUUCCUCAUAUUUUCAUUCCCUGUGACUGCCUACAGUGGCUAUGAAUUUUAGUUAUCUGGUGCAGCCCCUUCGAGAUCAUGCCAGAAAAAAAGACUUUGUUGAAUGACCAUAACUUCAGGCUGCUAACAUUCUUAAUAUGAUUAUAGGUCCAUAGUUCAUGGUCAAUGGGUCAUCUAUCAGCCAGUUGCUCUAGUGUCACCAUAUCUGUAACUUACUGUUAACAUUCCUUCUGCCCAGAUUCAAUGAAUAUGGGGCAGAAGGCAUCAGUUGGUGUCAAGACAAUUACCAGAGAAACUUUGGGACCUCCUCAUUACAUAGCUCAGGCCAUAAACCAAGAACUUCAACGGCCUGCUAGAUUGGAUAUUCUAUUAGACAUGCCACUGAUAACUCUUGAGCAGCAGAUAAAGCACUCCUGGAAUUCAGAUGAUCGUUCUAUCAACAUAUUUGUGAAGGAUGAAGACAAGUUAACAUUCCAUAGACAUCCGGUUGCCCAGAGCACUGACUGCAUUCGUGGGAAAAUAGGCUAUACUCGAGGAAUUCAUGUUUGGGAAAUUAAUUGGAGCACGCGGCAGAGAGGAACUCACGCCGUUGUGGGGGUUGCCACACGCGAGGCACCUCUUCAUUGUGUAGGUUAUCAGUCCCUUGUAGGGAGUAAUUCAGAAUCGUGGGGAUGGGACCUAGGUCGAAACAAGCUGUACCAUGAUGUGAAGAACAAUUCUGGUAUCACUUACCCUUGUUUAUUGAAGACUGAUGAGACAUUUGUAGUCCCAGAUAAUUUUGUAGUAGUUUUAGACAUGGACGAGGGCACAUUGUCAUUUGUGGUAGAUGGUCAGUACUUAGGUGUAGCCUUCCGUGGACUGAAAGGGAAGAAACUAUAUCCUGUUGUUAGUGCAGUUUGGGGGCAUUGUGAGAUUACCAUGAAAUACAUCGGUGGCCUAGAUCCUGAACCUCUACCACUGAAAGAUGUAUGUCGCAGAGUGAUAAGACAAAGAAUAGGAAAGAGUCAUUUGAACCAGAUCCAUGAACUCAACUUGCCUACUGCUCUUAAGAGCUAUUUAUUAUACCAAGACCGUAGAUAAUAGUAAUAAUACAAGAACAGUUGUUUAUGAAGUUGAUAAUUCCAUGUGCUGAAAUUAAUAAUUAUUAUGUUUGUGUAAAAGUUAAUAAUUCCAUAUCUAUUGUAAGGAAAUCUUUUCCAGGUGUAAGAUGAUGAUUUGAAUUCUAUAAUAAGGAAUUUUAUUAAGGUGUGAAAUUGUUAACAUGUUAAUAUUUUGGAUAGAUGCAUCAAAAAAUAUCUUGCAGCAUGAAAACUGAAGUUUAUGAUGAAGACGAAGUUAUUAGCUUUAAAUUUUUUGGACAGUAAGUGAAGGAAAUGAUGAAAAUGAAAGUAAUAAAAAUCAAUCAGUAUUGGUAGAAAAUAUAGAUACAUCUUUGAUAGCUACAUGUUUCUGUAAUAUUCUUUCAUGUUUUAUGAUCUCUCUAUAUAUGUAACUAAUAGACUUAAAGUGUAUUGCUUAAGUGGAUGUUUUUAGUUUGUUCUACAAUAUCUGGUGUUAAAACUUUCUACUUUAUUUUUUCCUAAGAGUUAUGACCAUCACCAAACUGCCUCAAACUUCAAAUUGUCAAGUUAUUUGUGGCUAUUUGAGCAGCUAAUUUUACUGAAUUUUGUGUUUAGAUUGGAUACAAAAUGUUUUAUUCCAGACAGUUUCAUAGAAAUACGUGUGGUUGAUGAGCCCUGCUAAAGAAUGCUUUAGUCAGACAGAUUUUAUGAACUUAAAAUGUACUUAGUUUUUUAGCAAUCUUGUUCUUACAUAAAGUCAUCAAAAAUUUAAAAGCGAAUAUAUUUCAAUAAGAUUUUUAAGUUCUUGUUUCAGAAAAAGUUUCUUUGUUUACAAUCUGAUUUUAUUUUUUCAAGUUACUAUGUAAUAACACUUUUUUUACUUAUAUGGUAUUUCUCAUGCAUAAGGUUCUCCCAAAGAGUAGUCAGUUAUACCCAGUAACUGGAGGUUUGGAGAAUAUUGCACUGCAGAGUAUAUUUAUCUCUCCAAUCUUCAACCAUGAUUGUCUAAAAGAAAAAGACUCAAAACCACUAGAAAUAGGAGUACACAAAUGUUUGUUUACACACUAAACAAAAAUAUAACAAGGACAAGUUUUCAGUGGUGCAUGUUGAACUGA